AUGGACCAUGAAGAAAAUAAUCAGCCGCAGGCGCGACCCCGACAUAAUGUCAACAAGUAUGGUCCAAAAUUGGUCGACAAAACGGAGGAGCUUCAUCAUCGCGCAGUCACUAGCAUGAAGGUCGCUGCAGAGAGCGACGACCAGCCCGCGGGGGGUUUCGACACCACUCCGAUUCCCCACGCGCCGCCUGGGUACACCCUCAAAUUUUCCUUUCACCGAGGCGACAAUCUUCCAGUUGCUGACUUUGGCACAUUUUCCUCGGACCCAUAUGUGUGGGCACAGCUGCUAGUCGACCUCCCAAAACGGCACAAACAGAACCCGGAGCUGUGCUUUCGAACGCCAACGGUGCGCAAAGACACGAACCCGACAUGGAACAGCGAGUGGAUUGUCGCCAACGUCCCAGCCUCCGGGUUCGAGCUGAAAUGCUGCGUGUAUGACGAGGACGCAGCGGACCAUGAUGAUAGGCUGGGAAAUGCAUAUGUGGAGGUCGGUUCGAUUUCGGAAGGCUGGCCUGGGAUUAAAGAGCAGCGGUUCAAAGUCAAGAAGCGAAAGGCUAGCAAGCGCGUCUAUGUCUUUGGGAACCUCGCUGCCUUAGCCUCGCGACGUCACGAUCCCGGCGCGUAUAUUAUUGUCAGUGUUGAAUGUCUGGGGAAGACCCCCGGUAAUGAGGGUGGACGCAUGUACACUCUUGGGCCCAACUACUGGUUCAAACACUUUUCGCCUCUGAUCGGUCGACUGGCCGGGACGAAAGAUGAGAUCCAGACUCAAAAUGGCAAAAAGGCAGUGAGCCGUUACAAUUUCCAAGCCAUUCAGAUACAGCUGACAGGACCCGUUCCGGCAAAGCUCUACCAUCGUUAUGUCGAGUUCAAACCAUUCGUGGCGGGAAUGUUCACCUCGAAGAGUUUGCGGGGGCGGAUUCUCAACCGUGCCCUACAUCAUCAGCAUGACCGGAUCUACAAUUUUGACCGAACAACCUUGGACGGCCAAUUUUCUUGCCCCUGUGUUGAACUUACUCAGAAAUUCCUGGAAUUUGUUCAUUACGGCGAAGGCGGGCGGAUAUUCACCUAUGUUCUGACUCUUGAUGGACAGUUCCGCUUCACGGAGACGGGCAAGGAGUUUGGCAUUGACCUACUGAGCAAGCACACGAUGCAUAGUAAUGUCUCAAUAUACAUAGCAUAUUCUGGCGAGUUUUUCCUUCGUCGGCGCAAGCACCGUCAUCGACGCCGUUCCCAUGUUACAGAACAGUCGGAGAAUGAGAUUCCUGUCGAGGAGCCUGCCGAGGAUAUAAUGCCUGAAGCCUCCACUGACCCUUCUGAUUACGAACUUUUUAUCGACAAUGAUAGCGGAACUUAUCGCCCUAAUGGUCAAUAUUUGCAUUUGCUGAAGGAGUUCAUUGCGGUAAACCUUCCCGGUCUCCACGUUACCACAUUGGAUUCUCAAGAGGAUGCUGAACGGAUGGGAACAUUGAAAGACGAGCAAAGAGAGUGUAAGACGAGUGAGGGCCGCCAAAUGACAUAUCUUCAGCAGAGCAGCACCUCCUCUCUUUCUCUGUCCAUCUCCAGCUCCGAUGAGGAAGAACUUGAUGAACGGAGCGGCCGGAGGACCAAACAUCGAGGAGAAUUCGCUCAAAGGGUACAUGAGAUGCGCGACGUGAAAGGUCAGGUAAUGAGGUGGGCGCAAGAUGGACACCACGAUGGGCACCACGGCAAUUUGAAAACCCACCUGCAUCCAAGAAAACAUCCAGCCUCUAAGGACCCAAAUUCAUCCAAGUGCGCCGAAGAGCCCAGCCACCCCCAACAAUCAAAUUGA